AUGAAAACAAAUUAAAUGGAAGUAAAAAGUAAAUAUAUGGACUAUUAAUAAUAAAAUACAAAUAAUUAAUAAACAAAAAACACAAACUUUAUUCGUCCUUAAACUACAUUUUCAGCAAGAAAGACAUAUUCCUUUCGAAAUGAAAAAACUUAUGAUUUAGAUUAAAAAUUUUAAAUAAGUGCAAGAACUACUAGUAAAAGAGUAUAGUCAGGAUAAUAAAUUAAAAAUUUUGAGUUAGAAAAAUAAAAUUUAUCAAUAAUUGCUAAAAUAAUGAAAAAAUCACAAAUACAUAAAAAAGUUAAUCUAAAAAAAUAUGAUUUAGAAAAUCAUGAUAUAUAACCUACAUUUAUGUUAGAUGAUACUGAUUCUUAAACAAAUAAAUUAAUUAAAUGCAUAGAAUUCAAUCCACUUAAUUCAAUUUAAUAAGAAUAUAAAAAUUUAAUGCCAAAAGAUGAUGAUUUCAUUGUUAAAUUAAAUUUCUAAUAAAUACAAUCUAGAGAAAAAAUAUAAAAUCCUAAUAAAUAAAACGUAUUCUAUUCAAAAGCAUAAAGUUAAUACAUCCAAGAUUCUAUUUGA